AUGGCUAAACACAGUUCAGAAGCCAUUAAUGUACGCUUUCUCAUAAAUAGUAAAACUCAACGUAUCAUAUAUGCCAAGUCUGGCAAAGAGUUCGUUGAUUUUCUGUUUAGUAUUCUUUCUAUGCCCAUCGGAUCUGUCCUCAAGUUUUCCGAUAGGAAAGUUGGAUCCGUCUCCAAUUUAUAUGAUAGUAUAGAAAAAAUGCCCUCUGAAUUUAUGAAGACCGAUAAAUCCCAGCUGCUUGAUCCCAAAUUUGUAACCCCCUAUUCUAAUAACUCUCUUAAGAUUGAAGGUGGAAAUUAUUACGUCUGCUCUAAUUCGUAUACAAUUCCAAUACACAAUAUCAGCACCAACAGCGAAGAUAUAUGUAUUUGUGGAGGUCGUAUCAACCGUCUCGUUCAACUGCGGCAGAAAGCCACUGUCACUGUCAACCAGUCCAGCGGAAAAAUCAAUCAAACUACAGGGCACAGCGGUUAUGUGAAAGAAAUGCUUACAUUUAUAAUAACAGACGACUUGAAGAUAAAACCUAGUUCAACUAUUACCGGUAUAACAUUUCUUAAUCAGCUCAAUAUUAAAGAUUUAACCGACCUUGAAGAGCGGACUGCAAUUGUUGAUAGCACCAAGGCAUUGGAGAUUCUGGAGGCAUCAAUGGUUUCCACAACUGUUCUCAACGAUGUUUUUGGUGCUGUGUUUAGUGCGUCAGGCAAGGUGUCUCCUCGUAGAAUGAGCAAAAGGAGGAAAUCGGACAAAUUUUAA